ACCGAGCCGGCAAGCAGGCUGUUUACCUGUUUCUGCUAGCAAGCCGAGAUGUGGCGAAAUUUAGAAAGCCUGAGGUGUCGGCCGUUCACGAUUACCUUUAUGUUCACGUUCUUCUGCGUGCAAACGUUCCAUUCAUUGGCGCAAUUAAUGGCGGCCAUUCUUGGUACGCCUCUCUUCCAUCUUUCUUUACCAUGCUGAGUUGUCUGUCAAUGACCUCAAAAGCUGGCGGGAGACCGUCCUCGACCGCAUUGACCCCGCCGUGGCACGGCCUCGAGGCCGGCGACGACGCAGGCGCGAGGCGCCGGAGGGUCCGGCCAUGACGUCGUCCGUGCGGCAGUGGUGGCGCCGCGCCGCCGCUGCGCUCAAGGACAGGAGGAGCCUGCUCCUGGCGCGCCUGCGCCCGCGCCGGGCCGGGUCGUCGUCGUGGCACCACCGGGAGCUGGAGGCGGCCGUGAUCCGCGCGACGAGCCACGAGGACCGGUGGAUGGACUACCGGAGCGCCGCGCGGGUGUUCGCGUGGGCGCGCUCGUCGCCCACGUUCAUCCGGCCCGUCAUGUGGGCGCUGGCGCGCCGCGCGCGGCGGACGCGGUGCUGGGUCGUGGCGCUCAAGUCGCUCAUGAUCGCGCACGGCAUCCUCCUCCGCUCGGGCCGCGCGCCGCGCGCCGGCCGCGUCCCCUUCGAGCUCGCUGACUUCCGAGACCGGUCCUCGUCGGCGGCGGCCAGGUCCCUGGCCUUCUCCGCCUUUGUGCGCGCUUACUUCCGGUUUCUGGACUACCGCUCCCUCUUCGCCGCGCAGGAGGACACCGACGGCGAUGACGACGCCGAAAGGUGCUCGGAUCCCCAGACGGCCUGUCUUGAUCGGAUAGCGAAGAAACAGUUCAUGCUCGAGCUGCUCCUACAAAUCCGCCCGUACGGCGACGGCAUGGAGGUGCCGCUGGUCCUCGAGGCCAUGGAUUGCGUCCUCAUCGAGAUCUUCCAGGUGUACGGCGAGAUAUGCACCGGCAUCGCGCGGUUCCUCAUCAGCGGCGUUCAGGGCGGACCGGCGAUGCUGACGACCCGCAAGGAGGUCAUGGCGGCAGGGGUGAAGGUGCUCUGGCGGGCGGCGGAGCAGAGCGCUCAGCUCUCGUCCUACUUCGACCUGUGCCGCGAGCUCGGCGUGGCCAACGCGCGCAAGCUCCCGACAUCAUUAGUUCGCUUGAAAGACGACGACGUCCGGGACCUCGAGCGGAUCCUCAUGAGUGAGAGUGACAUCCAGAACGAAAGCGGUGAGGAGGCGGAGGCGGAGGCAGAGGCAGAGGCAGAGGCGGCGGCGGACGUGAAGGACGCGGGGUCAACGUCGACGAACACUGCGGUGGUGAUGGCAACAACGGAAUGGGUGACAUUCGACGAGGAGAGACCAAGCGCUGGCGUUGUCGCCUACCACGGCGGGGGUCACGUCUCUAAUCACUGGAACCCCUUCGUCGCUGCGCCGUUAGACGGUAGGGAAGGCGGAAACCUGAUCGAGCUUUUCUAGUUUUCUAACCGAACGCAAUAUUGUUGGGUUAAACCAUAACCUUUUGCUCUUUUGCGCCCGCCCGAUUGUACACUAUGCUCUUUGUAAAUAGUAACGUGACUCGUUUGGUCCA